CCCUCUUUCCCUUCCCUCCCUCCCUCCCCUCUCUGCUGGGUCUCUGCACUGGGGCGCCCGGUCCGAUCUGCAGCUGGGACGUGCCGAACUCCAGGCAGGAGUCGGCUCUCCGGAGCCUGGUCCCUCCCUUCCCCUUCCCUGUCCCCUUCCCCCACCCCCGACUCGGGAUUCGCGCGGCGGCCCGAAGAACCCCAAGUGGUCUCUCGGGCACCUCACACUGGAGACCAUAUACUGGAUGAUGGGGGCCAGUGAAGGCAGGCAGGCUUCUGUACCAGAAGCUCUGGUUAACAUGCGGUGACAGUGCAGAGCUUGGGAGGAGUGGCCAGGCCAGGUCAGAGACAAGGGCUACAGUGGCCACACAGCAAGACCAUCGCUGUGGACCCGUCUCCCUGCUGGGACACGGAGGCAGCGCGCUGCCCGCUCCAGCCCAGGCCCCUGAGCUGGAGAGAUGGAAAACUCCUCAGCAGCGUCGGCCUCCUCCGAGGCGGGGAGCAGCCGCUCCCAGGAGAUCGAGGAGCUGGAACGCUUCAUCGACAGCUACGUGCUCGAGUACCAGGUGCAGGGGCUGCUGUCUGACAAGACAGAGGGUGACGGCGAGAGCGAGAGGACCCAGUCCCACAUCUCUCAGGAGGAAGCGCUCAAUGGUGGACCACCCAUGAAGGGCUUAACAGAAGAAUGGACAGCGGACUGCAAUGAGCCUCCAGACGACAGCUGUUCCUUCUCCCGAGGGCGAGCCCCGCCACAGCAGAAUGGCAGCAAAGACAACACUCUGGACAUGUUGGGCACAGACAUCUGGGCCGCCAACACCUUUGACUCCUUCAGCGGUGCCACCUGGGACCUGCAGCCCGAGAAGCUGGACUUCACCCAGUUCCACCGCAAGGUCCGGCACGCGCCCAAGCAGCCCCUGCCUCAGAUCGACCGCGAAGGGUGUGGCAAAGGGAAGCUGGAAGAUGGGGAUAGUAUCAACCUGAAUGACAUCGAGAAGGUCCUCCCAGCCUGGCAGGGCUACCACCCGAUGCCCCAUGAAGUGGAGAUUGCGCACACCAAGAAGCUGUUCCGGAGAAGGAGAAAUGACCGGAGACGACAGCAAAGGCCCCCAGGAGGGAACAAGCCGCAACAGCAUGGUGACCAUCAGCCUGGCAGUGCCAAACACAACAGGGACCACCAGAAAUCUUACCAGGGAGGCUCAGCACCUCACCCCUCAGGGAGGCCCACGCACCAUGGCUACAGCCAGAACCGGCGUUGGCACCAUGGCAACAUGAAGCACCCACCAGGCGACAAGGGGGAGGCAGGCACCCACCGCAAUGCCAAAGAAGUUGUGACCAUUGAGAGCCCAAAACUUGAGGAUACCCUAGGGGACACUGGACACGGUGGCCCUGAGCCCCCCCGCAGCCCCGAUGCCCUGGCCCCAGUGGCUUCUGAGAGGCUGCCCCCACAGCAGCCAGGAGGGCCGGAGGCCGAGACUAAGCGUAAAGACAGUAUUCUUCCCGAGCACAUCAGGGAGCGGCCCAAAAUUACCCUGCUCCAAUCUUCCAAAGACAGACUACGGCGAAGGCUAAAAGAAAAGGUACCGGAAGAAGUGGCCGUGGAGACCACCAGCCCUCAGCAGAACAAAAUGGACAAGCUGAUGGAAAUCCUGAACAGCAUGCGGAACAACAGCAGUGACGUGGACGCCAAACUCAGCACCUUCAUGGAGGAGGCCCAGAACUCCACCAACUCCGAGGAGAUGCUGGGCGAGAUCGUGCGGACCAUCUACCAGAAGGCCGUGUCCGACCGCAGCUUCGCCUUCACCGCCGCCAAGCUCUGCGACAAGAUGGCACUCUUCAUGGUGGAGGGCACCAAGUUCCGGAGCCUGCUCCUCAACAUGCUCCAGAAGGACUUCACCGUGCGCCAGGAGCUGCAGCGGCAGGACGUGGAGCGCUGGCUGGGCUUCAUCACCUUCCUGUGCGAGGUCUUCGGCACCAUGCGCAGCAGCACGGGCGAGCCCUUCCGGGUGCUGGUGCGCCCCAUCUACACCUGCCUCAGGGAGCUCUUGCAGUCUCAAGAUGUGAAGGAAGAUGCUGUCCUUUGCUGCUCCAUGGAGCUGCAGAGCACAGGCCGGCUGCUGGAGGAGCAGCUGCCCGAGAUGAUGACAGAGCUACUGGCCAGCGCCCGGGACAAGAUGCUGUGCCCCUCUGAGUCAAUGCUGACCCGGUCGCUGCUCCUGGAGGUCAUUGAGCUCCACGCCAACAGCUGGAACCCUCUGACGCCUCCCAUCACACAGUACUACAACAGAACCAUCCAGAAACUGACAGCCUGACAGCCAGGGGACCUGGCGGGCGGCCCGCGGGCAGCUGGGGCCCUGGUGCACAGGGCCAGAUGGACAGGCGGGAGGACAGGGGUGGCCCUGGCGGGAGGAAGAAUUGGGGAGGAAGUCAGGCAGAGUUGGUGGCCAGUCUGGAGCCAGACAAGGAUGGGAUUGAGCCCCUGAGAGUAGCUCCCCGCUCGAGCCCCUCAGCUCACCAAUAAGGGAAGCAUGUUUCUUUUCCUGGUGGCGCCGGCCCUCCCCUCAUCACUCCCACCUUCCCCCCUCAGACCCAUCCCCGCAGAGCUUUGUGCGAGGAUCUCAUCUCUGACUCCUCGCCGCCGGGUACCGCUUGGGUCGGAAAGGACCUCAGAAGGCUGAAAAAGUGGGUCGGCAACGGGGCUUGCAUUGUUUCCUCAUGCUGUCAGCCGCAGUCGCCAACUGGCAGCAGACGACGUGUAGCAGAUGUCCGGGCGGACAAAGGCAGGCACGGUCCCCACCAGCCGCCGACAAUUGACAGCCUUUGUCAGCCAUGCUGAGCUUUUCUCUAACCUUCACGCUCCACCCUCCUGCCUCCUCCCGAGCCCCCAGCCUCAGGCCCAGGGGUCAGGGACAGUGGGGAAGGUGGAGUUUGCAGUUCUCAUUGCACUCUUUUGUUUACUGUGUUUUAUUUUUCAAGAGUCAGUUGCUUUGAAGUGUCCUCUCCCAGUGAAAAUGCCUGCCCUGUGAUCACACAGUCAGAACGCGAGGACCCCCGGAUGAGUGGGAGAUCAAACUGGGCUCCCUCUGGAAGGAUUCUAGCCACAGACAGCUUGCCAGUAGCCAAUUAGAGUAAUUGGAAACUUCUGCCCCAGAGGGGGUCACCGCUGGAAUCCUGUUUUUCUCACCACUGGGACCACAGUAAGCCCAGGCCUGACCCCUCGGGCCUUGUGGCAAAUAGGGCACAAGGACUGGCAGAUUAAAACCAAAAUGCUAGGUAGCGUUUCCGCUCUACAUGCAGGUCUGACUAGGGAGGUCUCUCCUCUCUGAUUCUAAGAGAGCAGGUGGAUAGGAGCUAAUGGGCUGUGUCACUGCCCCAGCCUCAAUUCAGGCAGGGGCCCAGCCCUCCCACAGGGAAGGGGUGAAUCCAUUGAGACAUGAGCGGGACAGUCAGGUGGCCUGAUGGGGCUGCCAGAUGGAGCCUUCCAGGCUGGGGUUUCUUGAGAGGCCCUGGUCCCGGGGAGCAGCCCCUUUUGUGAUAGCUCAAGAGCAGGACAAGGGUCAGCUCUGUGAGGCUGGCUGCACAUCCUAACAGGUAUCUACACAGCUCCAUCUCCAGGGUUGGAGCACACACUUUGAUGAGCCCCCCCAAAAUGUCAGAGACCAGCUGCUUCCUUCCUUGCUCCUUUGUUGAGGCUGGUCAUGCCCUAGGUGAAGAUGGAGCCCCUCCUGGUGUACAGACUGGCCAGGAGGUGAUGGUAGGGGGAGGUCUCUCCUCUCUGAUUCUAAGAGAGCAGGUGGAUGGGAAGCCACCUCCCCAGUUCUCCCAGCCCUUCCCACAGCUGCUACCUGCCCUCUCGCCUCAGUAUUGGAGCCCAGGCUAGUCCCCAGAAAGAGCCUGUUGGGGACAGGGUGCGGGGGAGCAGCCUUACCUGAAACAGGUCUGUGGCCUCUGCCAAGAAGCCCUGGCUGACUCCUGCCCUUACCUGCUUUCUCCCUCCUCCCCAGGCCUUUCUUCCCAGGCUUCCUCAAGCUUCUCCCUGCUGCCUUUCCUCCUCAGCUAGGCCCAGCCUGGGGCCUGGGGACAGAUGCAGAUACCCCACAGGAGGCCUUGAAGAGGAAAAGCCAGGCUGAUGUUAUGGUGCCAGAGAGGGCACCAGGGAGGUCGUGCUCCCAUGAAGUCAGGCAGCCCCAGCCUGGUGCGCAGCCCUCAGAGAGCCUCACCUGUCCCCCUCGGGUGUGGGGUGUGCCUGUGGGAGGGUGCACUGCCAAGGGGACUUGGGACUGGGGCUCCUCAACCCUGCCGGGGGCUCCGAAACAAGCCUCAUGAAGGGAGCCUCCCAAACACCAUAUGGAGGGCUGCACGCCUUGGAAGCUAUGACAGGGGGCUGUGGACACACAGGGGCCUGCCGCCCUGUCCUCCUCAUGCCCGCCCUCCUCAGUGGUCUUGCCCCAGGGCCACCCUCAUUGGCUGUUAGGACCAGAGUGUGAAGAAGUGAGAUAUAAAUAUGUAUACAUAUAUAAAUAUAUUUUUAAUUACGUGUCGUGUCACGGUGGCUCCAGACUUACAGUUUGCCUAGUUUGUUCCAUUGCUUGAAAACGCUUCCUAGCCAAUCUGAAUAACACUUUGAGCUGUUUUUCUAAAUGCAGGUUGCUGCUAAUUUUUCAGACAUGGAAGGAAAAUGUUUAAAAAAAAAUUUUUUUUUUUCCAGAGAUGACAGUAAAGCCUAAAAUUUGAGACUCUGAGGCAGCUUCCCAUGGGAGACUACUCAGACAGGAACUGGGGGGGGCAGAAGUAGGUACCCUACAGACCCUGUCCCCUCCCCAGGCCAGAUGCCCCUCUGCUGAGCAAGGAAGGCCAUAUCCAAGUUGACCUCUGAAUGUAUUUGAUGGGAGGCAAAACUGGAUAUUGCGUUUUGAAGGCUUCUGUUAGGCUCAUGUUAUCGUCCCUACUAGCCCGCAGCUCUUGGUGCAUGGAAGAGGCACAGUCCAGCCAUCUGAUGUUGAUCCUGUCUCAGUCUCUCCCCCGUGCCUGUCAGGAUGAGUUAGUCAUUGUUUUCCUCUAAGGCGGCCGGCUUGCCACAGCCCUGCUCCCCAUGGCCUCGUGGCUUUGCCUAAGCUCUGGGACCGCAGCCCCAGGAAGGCUCCCAACCCCCCCGGACAAGGCCGGGAGCCCCACCGUCCCCCAGAGGGAGUGUGUACCCUUAAACCCAGUUUUGUCUGUUUGUCCUUCCUUAACCAGUCUGUAAACCUUUAUGGUUUGGGGAUCAUCUUGUCCAUUGUGUAAUUGUAAAUGUUGGACGAGUCAGUAUUUAUUCUAAUUUUUAUUUUAUUUUAUUUUAAUUUUUCCAAGGGAUGGGGAGGGGGGUGUGGGAACUAUACCACUGAUCAGGUCUGGGCAGCUGUAGGGGGGUUGGGGGCUCAGGAGCUCCGCGUCACCCCAGACACAGGCCUCCAAGAAGCCAAGUCCCUGUCUGUUAUCUGGCAUCGUUCCCUGUCUGACAGACUCUCAGGGCCUGCCUAGGGAGUCACGUCCCUCAGCUGCCAAGCAUUCUGUUGGGAAACCUCUGGCUGGGCCUUUGAGGAUGAGGAUCAGAGAAAGACAACUUUCUUCUGCUUGGGACACUUGCACGGAAGGGCCAGCCGCCUCCCCUGCGCCAGCUGGGAGCUGGACAACAGGACCUACCUUCCUGGAGCAGGGACCUGGGGCUUCCCGUCAAAGCUGCAGCAGAAUCCUGCUCUCGCGACCACCUUCCCUCCUUCGGUAUGUCCUGCUUUCCAGCUGAACCUAAACUGCAAGUGGAUUUAAAAAAAUAAACAUCAAAAGCCAAAAAUG